AUGGCAUCAGCGAGCCUGCAGUUCUUUGCUUUUAUUCUGGCUUUGUUUGGUGUUUUGGGAGCUAUCACAGCCACCUUGCUACCAAACUGGAAGGUAAAUGCAGACGUUGGUUCAAACAUCAUAACAGCUAUAACACAGAUGCAAGGACUUUGGAUGGACUGCACAUGGUACAGCACGGGGAUGUUCAGCUGCACCCUGAAGUACUCCGUCCUCUCUCUCCCUGUCUACAUCCAGGCUGCACGGACCACCAUGGUGCUCUCCUGUAUCCUGUCAGCCCUCGGGGUCUGCAUCGCUACGGUGGGCAUGAAGUGCACCAAGCUGGGAGGGGACGCCGACAGCAAGAGCCACGCCUGCUUUGCUGGAGGAGCCUGCUUCCUUCUCGCAGGCAUCUUUGGACUAGUACCAACAUCCUGGUACACCAGAGAGAUUAUUUCCAAUUUUCUGGACCAGAACAUUCCGGAAAGCAGCAAGCAGGAGCCGGGAGGAGCAGUUUACACAGGAUUCAUUUCAGCAGCGUUCCUGCUCAUCGCAGGUGUCAUCUUCUGCACUUCCUGUGUCAAAAAGCAGCAAGGAGCAUGGAUGUACCCUCCAAAACACUACCCAGCCAACGAGCAGGAGAGCAACGCAGGUUACAGCCUGAAGGACUACGUGUAA